ACCAGGAGUACUUGAACGCCUCACGCUCUCGCAGCUUCCGCCUCCGCUGUCUACAUCAAAAACAAGAAAGGCUUCUUUCUGCGGCGCGUGAAGGCGUUGUCCCUAACAAUGUCACCAUUCUAACUGCAUUUUGAGGACGCCCUCCCUCCAAGGCCAUCUUUGAUCCGGGUGGGUGUAAAAAAAUUGUGGUCUGAGGCAAGCUGUGUGAUGCAUUCACUGUCUCAGGAGAUCCAGAGCUUCUCCCUAACACGUCUGAGGAGGCAGUGCACCCAUGUGACCACAGUGACCGGCAGGAGGCUGCUGGAGACGCGCAGUGCUGGAGGAGAACAGGUGGAGGAGCUGGAGCAGGAGCAGGGAGCUGGCUGUGGAUUCAUUGAAGAUACAAGCUUGGACCUUCAGAUUGGUGUUGUCCGACCCUUCUUGCUGCUGGGCUCUCAAGAUGCAGCGCACGACAUUGACACCCUGCAGAGAUUUAAGGUGUCCCACGUGCUGAAUGUGGCCUAUGGAGUCUCAAACCUGUUCCCCCAUCAGAUGGUUUACAAGACGAUUCAGAUCCUGGACCUCCCAGACACAGACAUCACAUCCUAUCUGAAGGAAAGCAGCACCUUUAUAGAUCAGGCCAAAGAACAGGACGGCGUGGUGCUGGUCCACUGUAACGCUGGUGUGUCACGCUCCCCCUCUGUUGUCAUUGGCUACCUGAUGAUAAGAGAAGGACUUUCAUUUGAUGAUGCCUUCAGUCAAGUCAAGCAGGCCAGACCAUCGAGUCGCCCAAACUCCGGCUUCUACCAGCAGUUACAGAACUAUGAGUGUGAACAACUACACAGUCCUUUCUGAGCUUCAAAGAGCAGUGUUCCGACUCCGUUUUCCAGCCAAAAAGUCAUCUAAGAAGAAGUUAAUCAGUAAUUAAUUAGCCGUAAUUCAUUACCCAUUAUUUAGUACUUCACGUUUUGAUUAGAAGUCCUACUUUGAGAAAUGUUUUUAAUGAUAUUGCAUCUACUAUUUCUGCAGUCAGAGAAAAGCAUAAAAUAAGGGGCUCCUGUUAAACUUUAUCAGCAACCACCAAGGAACAAACAUGAGUUCACAUGCAGCCUCUUUUUUUUUUUUUUAAGAACAUUCAAAACAAGAAGCAAUUGAAAAUGACUAUUAUUCAGACUGGAGGACAUUUAGAGCAAAGAUUGAGGAAAUGCUUUUUGCCGUUGUUUUUUUUUCAUCAUUUAUCUUGAAUCUAUUACAAAAAAUGUAAAAAUGCACAAUGUUUCCACUAUUAUGAAUAAUUCAUGUUGAGGCAGAGCUACUGCCGGCCUCACCUUAUGUUUUUCAGUGCAAAUAUGUCAGACCAAACACAAGGGACUAGUAAUAAAAAUGUCUACAAUGUAGACUUUUUUAUAAAUUAACCAUUACCUUAUUAAUAAAUGCUGAGUAUGUUAAAGGCAUCCAUUCAACCAAGUUUGCAUUGGAUUCCACCAUCUAAUGUGAGGCUGGGCACAAAAGUAAGACAUUAUCAGUGAGUCUGACAUUCAAGUAAAGUUAAUUACUGUUGCAAUAUUUUCUAAUUUUGCUUCCCUUUUCUUUUCAAACUUACUGUGCUUUGCGUCAACCACCAUUAAUCAAAAUCUGGCUACGAGACAGUCUUUCUGUGUUUGGUACUUCCGACAAAUUGGAUACUCUCUGGAAUCCACUUCUACGUACCUGGCCCAAAACAUCCCUAACAAAAUCCAUAACUGAGCUAUCCACAAUCUUGCCUGCCUAAUCCUCCAGCACGCCACAAGUCCUAAGUAACCUACAGCUAAUAUAAUUUGAUACCUUUGGGGGAAUUAGAUGUCAGGUGAUGGGUAAACAAAAAACAAAAAAAACUAGGAUUCUUUCAUUCAUUUCAUUGGUGAGAGAGUAUUUGAAUUGAUCCACCUUGACACUAUACCUUGGGUGGGUGCUGGCGGUGUUCAUUUGGAUGCAUAUGAUUCAAAAAAGGAAUAAUAAUAUUGUUUUGUAUAAUAACUUGUGUAUUGAGACUGUAAUUUGAUAAAUAAAAACUAUUCA